AUGGCGCUCAACCUCCGCCAGAAGCAAACAGAAAUAAAGGCGGAAAAUGUAGAUGAAAGAUUGGCAACUGGACAAGCAGAUUUGCGGUGUAUCUUCUGCAUGAAACUCAUCCAGGAAAGAGUUGUUUUACUAGAUAUGCAGGCAUUUAUUGUCGAGAAAAGAGACAUUCUGGUGUCCCUUAGGAUUGGAAGAAUCGCAAACUUGAAGAGAAAAAUGUGGGUCGUUUCACUGUGCCUUGCGGUAGCGACUUUAUUGUACUAUGUUCGUUGGGUCUACAAGUGGAGAAAACCCAGAUGCAAUGGAGUUUUGCCUCCAGGUUCAAUGGGUUUGCCUCUCCUUGGGGAGACUCUUAAGAUCUUGAUUCCCAGCUACUCUCUUGACCUUCAUCCGUUCAUUAUAAAGAGAGUUCAGAGGUAUGGGCCAAUAUUCCGAACCAUUCUAGCAGAUGAUGUUCGAUUUCGCGGGAAGCAACUUUUUAGUUAUGAUGCUGAUGAGGCUUCAGCAGACGCUACCAAUGAGAGGUUCAACAGGUUCUUGAGAGGUUUCAUGGCAUUUCCCUUGAAUUUCCCUGGUACUGCAUAUCGUAGGUGCCUAAAGGAACACAGGAAAUUGAUAGAUAUGCUCAGAGGUAUCCUGAAGGAAAGACUCGAUUUAGGGAAAACAAGCAAUGUGGAUUUUCUUGAUCAGGCAAUUGACAGCAUGCGCGAUCAGGAGUUCCUGACAGAGGAUUUCAUAGUUCAGUUGAUGUUUGCGGGCAUCCUCGCAAGUUCUGAGUCUAUUUCGACAAUGCUGGCUAUGAUCUUCAAGCUACUGUCUGAGACCCCAGCAGUCCUAGCAGAAUUAAGGGCCGAGCACAAACUGAUCCUUGAAAAGAGAGAGCAGCAAAGUACUGCACUUUGUUGGGAUGAAUACAAGUCGAUGACUUUCACGAUGCAGGUAAUAAAUGAAACACUCAGGCUGGCAAAUACCGUUCCAGGGGUACUCUGAAGAGCAUUACAAGAUAUCCCAGUGAAAGGAUUUACGAUCCCAAAAGGGUGGUCGAUCAUGGUAGUCACGACCGCUCUUCAUACCAAUCACAAUGUGUUUGAGAAUCCUCUUGAAUUUAACCCUUGGCGCUGGAAGGAUCUAGAUUCAGGCACAAUAUCGCAGAACUUCACGCCUUUUGGUGGAGGAAUGAGACAAUGUGUGGGUGCAGAAUACACUCGAGCCUUCUUAUGUGCAUUUCUUCAUGUGUUGGUCACAAAAUUUAGGUAG